AUGGAAACCCCUCGGCCCAGAAGCAAUCUCAGACCAGCUCUGCCUCCUCGAAUGAGCUCCAAGGCACUGCUUCAGGCAGUUUUUUCUUCAAAAAAGCCUUUGCUACCAAACCCUAGGAGAUCUCCUUCAAUCACAAGUUUGAACUCUUCUACUUCAACUCGCUCGUCCUCAUCAGCUUCUUCUCAUCGAGACACCCCUGAAUCCACGAGCCGAAUCCGAACAAGAUCUUCGUCAGAAACCCGAAAAAGCUAUCAUAUUUUGAACAAUAUUCCUGCAGUAUCUGCUGCUGCCUGAUGCAUAAUGGAAGCACAUACAGGACAUGUCGUAUAUGGACACUGUGAUAUAGAGCCACGAGAAAUUGCUAGUUUAACAAAAAUAAUGACUUGCUAUGUUGUAUUGAAAUUACUUGCGAAAACAGACAAAGUUACAAUGGAUUCUGUUAUCAAAGUUAGUGAAAAAGCCGCAUCUAUGAUUGGAACCUCAGCAGAACUAAAGGGUGGCGACGAAAUCACUGUUAAAGAUAUAUUGCACGGCCUCAUGCUGCCAUCAGGAAAUGAUGCAGCUUGGGCACUUGCAGAAUUUCUUGGAAGUUUUUUGAAUCCGAACUCCUCUAAGCCAGUUUCUCAUUUCUUAAGUGAAAUGAAUAAAACUGCGAGAGAGCUUGGACUUGAUAAUACUUCUUAUGGAAAUCCUCAUGGGCUUAUUUAUAAAAGAAAUCUGUCAACAGCACGAGAUGUCUGCAAGCUUGCAAGUGUAGCUAUGAAAGAUGAAACGUUCAGAGGAAUCGUAGGCACAAAAAUAUAUACUGCAGAUAUAUGAAAUAAUGGGGAGAGGAGAGAAAAAACAUGGGAAAACACUAAUAAACUUUUGAAUAAAGGGUUUGAAGGUGUAAAAACCGGAGUUACCAACAAAGCUGGCCCGUGCUUAUGUGCUAGCUUUAAAAAAGAUACAAGAAUGAUCGUUGUUUUACUAAAUUCAAAGUCUAUGGACGCUAGGUGGAUUGAAGCCAAAAAACUAGUGGAAUGGGGCACCGUCAAGUACUCCUGCAAGCCAUAG